CUUGAUUCCGUACCACCAUUCCCCCCUCCCGCGAAACCUAAGAGGCCUCCCCACAGUAUCAACAUGAGCGGCAAAGGAAAGUCCGGAAAGACCUCUGGUGGAAAGGCCGGUGGUGACGCGUCGAAGGCGCAGUCGCGCUCUUCGAAGGCUGGUCUCCAGUUUCCCGUCGGUCGUGUCCACCGUCUCUUGAAGAAGGGGAACUACGCCCAGCGUGUGGGUGCUGGUGCGCCUGUCUACCUCGCCGCCGUCCUUGAGUAUCUUGCUGCUGAGAUUCUUGAGCUCGCUGGUAAUGCUGCUCGCGACAACAAGAAGCAGCGUAUCGUGCCCAGGCAUCUCCAGCUUGCCAUCCGUAACGAUGAGGAGCUGAACAAGCUCCUCGGCGACGUCGUCAUCUCCCAGGGCGGUGUCGUCCCCCAUAUUCAGGCCGAGCUUCUGCCUGCCAAGUCCGGCAAGUCGAAGGAGAAGGACGAGGAGUAAACGCCUCUCAUGUCUUCCCCCUUGCACAUUCUUAUGCUCUAGCCGUCUCUAUAUUAUCGCGUCGGUUAUCCUGUUGUCGUAUGCAUGUAACGUGUAUUCCUAUCGCCUCUGCCCUAUACAUGUUGUGCCAUCGCGCUCGCACAUCGACUCGAC